GAGGGGAGAAGGAAGGGAGAAGGAGAGUUCAGGGGGUACUGGAGGCGGGGAUGGCUCCUGGGCGCAAGACGUGUAACCAUGAGUAUUGACUGGAUUGGUUUUGGAUAUGCUAGCAUAGUAGCAUUUGGAGGCAUUUUGGGAUAUCAUCGCAAAGGAAGCAUUGUAUCUUUGGUUGCUGGUCUUUUCUUUGGCUUGUUGUCGGGUUAUGGAGCCUACCGUGUGUCCCGUGACCCCCGAGAUAUCAAAGUGUCACUAUUCACGACAUUUUUUCUGGCCAUGAUCAUGGGCAUGAGGUUCAAGAGAUCUAAGAAACUCAUGCCAGCAGGGAUUGUGGCUGGCCUAAGCCUCUUGAUGAUUCUGAGACUCGUCUUGAUGCUCACAUGAGAAUCCUCAGCUGCCAAGGACAUAAUUCCCAUCCUUCCACUACAGCAGACUAAAUAUAUUCUUUGUACUUGAAAGAUAAGUUUCAGCAAGAAAUGUCAAGCUUCUAUAAGAAAAAAACAAACAA